GAGAACUUUCUAAAGCAGUUUCAGAAACUGUGAGAGCUUAAAGAAGGAGACAGGCUUGCCAGGACUCAAGCAGCUGUGAAUCAUGAGCAAACAGGAGAAUGUAUCAGUUACUGUCCCAGGUAAUGUUCAUGUCCCCCAGCCUUCAUUUGCCAUGGUCUCUGGAAGCCAGGAGAAGCCUUUGGAAAAGACCACGUAUCCGACCUCAGCAACCGUGCUCCGGUACAACCCAGGAAGUGCAAACCUACAGAGCCCACACAUUGUGAUCCAGAAUCCAGCUGGAAUGCCGGGCCUGCAGGCUCAGCCCGCUGGGCUCCAGUAUCCAGCCGGGAUGGCUGGUGUGCAGACUCCACCAGGAGGGACCCAGUACUCACCAGAAAUAACAAGUGUCCAGGUCCUGCCUGGAAACCCUGAGAAUCCCCUGAACACUGUCCCCGGGCAGACACAGACCUCAAGCCAUCCCCAGUGGAACCUGUCCUUUGUGACCUUUCCUGAAUUUAAUCCCAAGAAAUUCAUAAAUGAAGAGGUCAGAACAUUAGGGGCCAUCCAGAUCCUCAUUGGCCUGUUCCAUAUAUUCUCUGCAGUCAACCCUCAGCUAUACAAGACUCCUACAGUGCUGGGGUUAUCAGCGUACCUGAUCUGGGGAGGACUGUCUUUUAUCACCUCUGGAUCCCUCUCGGUCUGUGCUGAAAAAUCUGCCAACAGUUGCAUGGUGAAUGGCAGCGUUGGCAUGAAUGUCGUCAGUUCCAUCCUCUCCAUGUUUGGGAUCGUCAUUAUCAUUAUAGAUCUGUGUAUUUCCUUAUCCAGUGAUCCUACUGUGGGAGAAGUGAGAAUCUCUAUGAAGGCAAUCUCUGGCGGUCUCCUACCCUUUGUCCUCCUGGAAUUCAUCCUCACCUGUCUGGUCUCACAUUUCGGGUGUCAGGCUGUCUGCUGGACCCAUUUUGAGAACAUGACAACGAUCUCUUCUAUGUUCGGUGGCAACACAGUCAACACGACCGCUGGACUUGUCAUCACCACCAGCCCAGACAAUGCCACCAACAUCCCAGUCCAGCCCACUCUCCCCAGUCAUGUUCCCCCUGAACACACAUACCAAACUGUCACUGAUCCUCCCCAGAAAUAGCUGGAAUAGCAGAAUGCCCAUCUCAAGGACAAGGAAGCCCUGCUUUAGCUUUGCUUCUCCAGGAAACACCUGUGACCUUGACCCUGGCAUUACUGCUAGGCCAAGAUAAACAUCCAUUUUCCCGCAUACUUUCCUUUGGUUUGUUACUAAUGUGCUUUUUUAAAUUCAUAAAUGUUUUCCCUCUGA